AUGGAUGGAGAAAAUUGCACUUCCUUGGGAGAAUUCCUUCUCUUGGGAAUUAGUAGUAGCUCUGCAGUCAAAGUGACCCUAUUUACCACAUUUCUGGUUAUUUAUCUCAUUAUUCUUUUUGCAAAUCUCAGGAUGACCGUUUUAGUUAGAACAGACCCCCAGCUGCACACAUCCAUGUACUUUUUCCUCAGCCACCUCUCCUUCAGUGACCUCUGCUAUUCCACAGUCAUUGGACCCAGGAUUCCCGUGGGCUUCCUCAUCAAGAACAAAUCAAUCCCCUUCUAUGGCUGUGCUCUGCAAUUCCUGAUCUUCUGUACGUUUGCAGAUUCGUGUCUACUGUUGGCGGUCAUGGCCUACGAUCGGUACAUAGCUAUUAGCAACCCCUUGCUUUAUACAGUCAAGAUGUCUGGCAAGGUGUGCUCCCUGCUGAUGGCUGGGGUUUAUAUGGUAGUUAUGGAUGCUUCGAUAAAUGCAAUAUUAACUUUCUGCUUAUGUUUCUGUGGGUCAAAUGAAACUAACCAUUUCUUCUGUGAUGUUCCUCCUCUCCUCUUGCAAUCUUUCUCAGAUACACAGGUCAAUGAAUUAGUGACAUUUAUCAUUUUUGGCUUCAUUGAACUGAUCACCCUCUCAGGUCUUUUUGUGUCUUACUGUUACAUUAUCCUAGCAGUGAUAAAGAUCCACUCUGCUGAGGGGAGGUUCAAGGCUUUCUCCACCUGCACCUCCCACCCAACUGCUUUGGCAAUUUUCCAGGGAACUCUGCUCUUCAUGUAUUUCAGGCCAAGUACUUCCUACUCUCUAGAUGAAGACAAAAUGACCUCCUUGUUUUAUACUCUUGUGAUUCCCAUGUUAAAUCCUCUGAUUUACAGCCUACAGAACAAAGAUGUGAAAGAGGCUCUGAUGAAAUGUAAAAAUAAAAAACAGUUCCAUUGA